AUGUCCGGCAGCGAUGUCGAACACGUUUUUUGCUCGCUUGACAGCAGACCGCAACACCACUUCCGCCGCCAAUCUUCUUCAAGCUCAAACGAACGGUUUUAUGAUGCCCCUCUUAAGAGUCAUCAUUCGGAUUUACCCCUGGUCGAAGACACCCUCUCCAUCCACGACCUUUCGUCCGAACCGCACUUCGCCCAAUCGACUGCCAUACGCUCGUUAUCAAUCGGAGCAUCCACGGCCGUCCCCGCAGAUCACUAUUUCGACGGACACGACCGCAACGAUCGAGAAUCUCCUGACCCUGACGACUUCUAUCGCCCGUAUCCCUCCAGUGUGGUCCCCAGCACCGAAACCGCGUUGACUUCGAGCAAUGCCCUAAUGGUCGACGACGGUAGUCCUACCGCUGAAUAUCCACCGUCUCAUGCGCAACGUGCACUGCCCCCAGCGACAGAUACUGUGACCAUACCGCGUGGGAUCCUCGGCCAGUAUCGUUCGGUAUCGGAGAACUAUACAGGUCGAGAGCCAGAACCCAUCAGGGGCGCGGCGGCCGGGGCCUCCAUUGCCAGACCUAGACAGGCCUCUUUCAAAGACCUAAUCAACAAAUUCAACCAGAACGUCGAUCAAGUCUUGCCGCUCCCGACGUCCUCCGGGUCCCUAUCUCGCUCACACUCGAGAGCUGCGAGCCCGACCCCAUUCAUAUCCGGUGAUGUCCCGGGGAGAGCCCGAGCUCCUUCCCUUUUGCGAGACACGCAGAAUUGGCAAAGUGCAAAGCGCCAGCCAGUAUCCCGGUGGAAUACAGUUGACAAUUUCGUGGAAGAAAACCCCUCAGAAUCCCCCUUGCUCCCUUGUCAAGUGGGAACUGUCAACCAAAGCACCCCCAAGUCGUCCGUUCCGUUAAGGCCACCGUUUGGCGGUUUGCUCAAAGUAGAUACGGGCUUUCAAGGCACAGGGCUGAGUGUUCCGUCGCAUCUGAGACGACGAGGCUCGGAAGGAAGCAUCCCCAGCCCGAACCCAGCAUUUCUGGACAAUCCUGAAUUUUCUGCUGGCUUGUCUCCUCUGACACCAACCGCAUGGUAUCUGGGCCGGACGCCGUUUCUAGAAGCAGUGAGCACCGGUGAGAGUAGCAGCAGCCAUAAUCAUCGAAGGGUGACGAGUGAUCUUUCUGGAAACUGGUCAGCUGGUGCCGUUGCGCACUCGCCCGAAUCCCACAUGGCGGUGUUGAGCCCCUUGCAGCCAGGACUAGCGGUAUCCUCGGAGACCUCACAUUCCAAGUCCCGCAUACCGCUGUCCUCCCGCCGACUGAACGCUGCGUUCGUCCCGGAAGAGUAUUCCAGUCUACACACCGACCCACACUGGAACAGAUGUUUCGAUUCCCAAGUGCCUCUGCCACCCAAAGGCAUUAGCCGCCUCCCCAAACCGUCCCCAAAGGCCUCCCCCGCGGAGGCAUACAAUGACCGAACAACCUUCGCCAUGACCUCGCCUAGAAGGCGGGAAGUUCCUUAUCGUCGAUCAUCCAGCCGACCUGCUGACAGAGACGCUCUUCUUGAAGCAUACAUCGCCUCUCCUCUCCCCAAGAAAUCACCUCCGUUGCGCAGUUCACGGCCUCGCCAACCUGUUUCAUAUACGACGUCUGUGCCGCCACGAUCAAAAGUCGUGGAAAGAGUAUCAAGUUUCCAGAAACAGAUCAAUCGCGAUCAAGAACCGCGAACGCCCCGUUCUCGAGGACGGAGACUCCCCGAGUUGGGCAACGUGGACUUUGCGACCAGACGGCAGAAGAUACAACAAGCCUUCAACCGUACGGUUCAAGAGAAUGAAAGGAAAGAAGAGGAAGAAGCUGAGCUUCGACGUCGAGUCAAAGUGCAAGAGGAACAGCAGUAUCGCGUUGAUGCACCUGCGCCAGAACCACACACCAAUGAGAAUACAGAGAUGGACCCUUCCCAACCCUCAGAAGAUACUGUAACUAUGCUCGACGACUCCAUCGCAGCCCGUCAUGAAGAACAUCAGUCUGCACAUGAAGAACAUGAACCACGAGUACUUCCUCAAUUACACAUCGAUACCGCCCUCGCGACCCAGGAAACCACAGCAGUAGGUACCGAAGCCCACCUAAUGACAAUGGACUCCCCAACGUUGGGCCUUUCCAAUAUUGUCACUGGCGAGCCAAGGGUGGUCGGUCAUUUGCCUGGAUUUGCCGAUGAUCAACCCGCUUCUGCUGUUACGGUCAUGUCAGACGACACCCAUGCCACUGCCCUUGAUCCCGAACCCCAGGUUGGCCUGAGUCGGCAGAAUCUCCAGGCCUCUCACCGAACUUUGUUGAGUCAAAUCAUGCAGAUCCGAGAGUCGAGUCCCAGCAGCUCGUCAUGCGACGAGGCCGAAUACAGCUUUUCCGACAACGAGGAUAAGGAAUCCAUCCCGAUCGUCUUGAGAGAUGCCCAGUGCUCCGAAGAGUCAGUGGCCAGCAGCGACAGCCACGAUUUUGGCCAUGCGUUGGUUCAAUCGAGUGGUCCAGGUCGUAGAGUGCCGAACCGGUGGAGCAUCAGCUCUUGGUCGUCUUCCAUUCACAACAAUCAACUCACCGAUGACCACUGUGAAGGUAGCGGCGACGAUAUGUCCCAAUUUCAGCAAUCGGUGGGUGACAGCGAGAUUGCUACUCAGUCGUGUUCUGCUUCUUCCAGCACUCCUCCAUCGGUAGCUGGUUUCCAAGGCACCAUCUCCCUCUCAAAUAACGAUCCGGUCCCCGAACCUACUCGUGAAGCUGGGCCACCGAGAAAUCUUUAUACCUAUCCCAGCGCCCCAAGUCUAGCGAGACUUGGCGGUUGGGAUUCCAGACGCGUGACUCAGCUCUAUCUUGAGGAGUUAGCUCGCGGCAGAGGUCACAAUCUACCAAUGCCCGCAAUCCGUGCUUCCCCUGAACCGCGCCUCGAUAAACGCGCAGACGGAAGAACCGAUAGUCUGGGUGAUGACCCAGUUCUGAUAUCGAAAUCAGACGAUAUGCCCCCUCCCGAGAAGGUGGGACCUACCGCAAGUCUUAUAUUUCGAGAUGAUUGGGAGCAUGCCUCGCCAUCUAUUGCGGACUGGAUGCAAGUAGCUGCUGGGGAGGAAUCAACACCACAAGACCAAGUGAACAAUGUGAUUCCCGCUCUCGAUGGCCUGCCUACGCCACGGCUGGCUCCACCAGCUACCUAUCAAAGCGAUCUUGAGCCCAGCGGUGGAACCAUGGGUCUCGCUAUCCAGGUUCACUCACCGCAAGAGCUAGAGUCUCGUGAAGCUCAAUCGUCUCUGCUGUCCGGUGGUAUGCCUGUUGAGCAGUCAGAUCUGUAUGAGGAGGCUGGCUAUUCGCAACAAUAUGAUGAAGCCUCUCCCGCUGCUCAGAGCACCCAAACAAGCACCCGCACCGCCCCGCCGUUGACUUUUUCUCCACUUGGCCCCGUUGAAAGCACGGGAAGCAGCGAUGAUUCCUCCCUCCGAAGACUCCAAGCCACAUCUUCAUCUCACACAGUGGACUCGUCAGCCACUUCAUUAGUUCAGUCGACUGCUGAGCAGUCACGAGUCGAGCUUUCUAAUGGCUCACCGUCACCGGAACAGAGACGCCUGAAGAAACGACGACAUGUCAUCAAAGAGUUAGUCGACACCGAGUACAGUUUCGGACGGGAUAUGAAGGUCGUCGACGACAUUUACAAAGGCACUUCGAGCUCAUGCCUGGAUCUCUCGCCAGAAGACGUCAAGAUUCUGUUUGCCAAUUCCGACCAGAUCGUGCAAUUCUCCAUGGGAUUCCAGGACGCUCUCAAAGAGGCAGCCAGGAGCGUCUAUGUCAUGCCAAAGUCCCAACGGUGGAGCAGCAAACGCAGCACCCGCAACACUUACGCCAACCCGUCCAAAACCGACUCCGAGGCCGCAGGUGCUGCUGAAGUUUCGGAUACUGAUAAGGAUAAGUUGACGUUCAUUGGUCAGGCUUUCCUGGCGCACAUCGCCCCAAUGGGGAAGGUCUAUGGCGAUUAUCUGAAGAACCAUGACGCAGCCAAUAAAAAGCUCCAAGUGUUGCAACGCAAUCCGAAAGUGGCGAUCUGGCUCAAAGAAUGCCGGGAAUGGGCUUCGGACCUCACUACCGCAUGGGAUUUGGACUCACUACUUGUCAAGCCAGUGCAGCGGAUCUUGAAAUACCCGCUGUUGUUGAGUGAACUUCUCGAUUCAACGCCAAACGAUCACCCAGACCGCACAUUCCUGAUGAGUGCUCUCGAGGAAGUCACCAAUAUCUCCGUGCGCAUCAACGAGAUGAAAAAGCGCGCAGACUUGGUGGGCCAAGUCGUUGGCCGCAAGAGGAAGGAAUCGGAUGUCCGGACGGGCUUGUCGAAGGCUUUUGGCCGUCGCACGGAGAAAUUGAGACAGCAAGUCGGUCUUUCCGAUAUGUUCGAAGAUAAAGAGUACGACACACUGUCCCAGCGAUUCGGGGACAACUUCUUCCAGCUCCAAGUUGUGAUGCGGGAUGUGGAGAUGUACACACGGGAAAUCCAGGGCUCUAUGGAGCGUUUCAGUGAAUUUGUCGCUGCAAUUGAAGGAGUCGUCGAUGUGACCCAAUCGGGAUACUUGGAUGUGGAGAGCAGGUGGCGUGAACUGAAAUCGUCUGUCCAAGACAUCAUGACCGGUGCCUUCCCUGAACAUCUCGCGAUCGUUCGGAAGAGCGUGAUCGAUCCGAUGGUCACCCUUCUCAAGCUCUAUGAUGGGCCUCAGAGAGUGAUGAAGAAACGCGACAAGCGACUCAUGGACCACGCUCGAUUCAAAUCUAUCAAGGAUCGCGGUGACAAGCCGGAUAAGAAGACAACGGAGCAAAGCGAACAGUUCGUGGCGCUCAAUGAGACCUUGAAAGAUGAACUUCCCAAGCUCUAUUCUCUCACAGCUAAACUGAUGGAGACGUGCCUGAAGAACUUUGUUCAGAUCCAAACCACCUGGUUCAACAUCCAGCAGAAAAAGAUAGCGCAUCUGGUGGACUCGUUCCCCGAUGACCUGCAGAACAUCAUCAGUGACUGGUCUGCAAACUUUACGCUGGCCGAGGCGCAGAUCUUGUCGCUCGGUAUGUGCAAUGGUUCGCUGCUCGCCGACACCAUUAACCUCGUCAACUUCAACACCCCCUCCACUGCCGCCACCAUCAGUUCGCCCCGACGGCCGUCGACCGUUAACAGCACCAGUACGCGUAUGGAGUCUCCCAAAGCCUCUCAUGACUUUGGCAAUGGCGGUUAUAGCUUCCAGUCUCCAAGUCUGGAUGCCCAAUCUCAACGCUCAUUUGGACGCCAUCGAGCUGAUUCGAUUGUCUCUGGCCGUGCAGCACCCGAGACGUCCGAAAUCCCCCGGAGCCAGCUUCUGCAGCAAAUCACCAACACCUCAUCUGGCUCUGGGCCCUCAUCUACUAACCCUUACACGGAGUCAUUCCCUAGCCUCCCAAGGCUCAGCCUCGACUCGCCGUUCCUCGUCGAUGUCAUGGGGCCUUCAGCAGCAAACCAGGACCAGGGUCAAGCCCAAGAACAACACCAGGAACCGGCUCCCGAGAACCCACCCGCCUCCCCGGUUGGGCGUUACUCCGGGUUCUUCUCGUCCGCGAUGCCCAUGUCGGACAACCCACAAGAUGACCAACCUGCGCAGAACGUCGCGCAAGAAGCGGCGCCCAAGGAGCCAACCGUACUCUUCCUCGCGGCCAGUAUCUAUGAGUUCAACAUCGAUCGAGCGCGACGUGAGGCUGGGUAUCCCUAUCUCACCUAUGUCGCUGGUGAAAUAUUCGAUGUGAUCGCCGAGAAGGGCGAACUGUGGCUUGCCAAAAACCAAGACGACCCGACUCGCCAGGUCGGGUGGAUCUGGAACAAGCACUUUGCGAAGCUCUCAAGCUAG